AUGUUCGUGAACGCACCCGCCGUGGUCGGCUGGGCCUUGUUUGUUGUGGCUGGCUUCAGCUCGGCGGAGACCACUUUGGGCAUCUAUAUCUUCCAGCGUCAUGGUGAUCGAACUCCGAAAAUCCUUCCUCCGGCUGAGUUGACCGACCUUGGCUAUACCGAGAUGGUUGCGACGGGGGACUUUUUCCGAAAUUGCUACAUCUCAACGGAUGCCUCUCCCCAAAUCCCCGGUAUCAGUCCCAACACGGUCAAGCUCAGUCAAAUCAACGCCGUCUCCCCCAAAGACGAUGUGAUUCAGCACUCGGGAAUGGCUUUCCUACAAGGACUCUACCUAUUUAUUAGAGCUGGUGCCUCGACCGAGACGCUGCGCAAUGGGUCCUCUGUGCAGGCUCCACUGAACGGCUAUCAACUGAUUCCCAUUGUCACUACUGAUGCCGGACAGAACAGCGAGAACAGUCCGUGGCUGCAGAGUACCACUUCAUGUUCCCAGGCGCCCGAUCAAUUGUCCUACAAGAAUGCCUUUGUCAUCUGGGAUCUUCUGCGGGUUGCGUUGAUUCACAAUUCCACGUCAACCUUCCAGACCGACGGUAUCCUCACUGAUCGUGUGAUGCAAGAACUCCUUGACCUGGCCAAUUCCCACGAAUAUGGUCUCGCCUUUAAUGCUACCGAGCCUGUCCGCGGUAUUGCUGGCAUGCAGCUAGCGGGCCAGGUUGUCUCCGCCCUCGAGAGCAUCGUGGCCGGCAAGAAGAACGCGACCAGACUCAACGUUCAAUUCGGAUCAUACGCCACUUUUCUCUCCUACUAUGGUCUGGCCGAUCUGCCAGCUGCAGACCCGAACUUCUAUGGGAUGCCCGACUAUGCAUCCUCCAUGGUGUGGGAGCUGGUGACCAACUCCACCAACGCCACACCUUCUCCGUCCGAUAUCUCUGUGCGAUUCUCCUUCCACAACGGCACAAGUUACACGGGCACCUCGACCCUCCAGACUUAUCCCCUGUUUGGUGGUGAGGCGACAGAGCUCCCCUGGGAAGACUUUGUCUCGUUGACUCAGAAGUUUGCCGUGGGGAGCCAGCAGCAAUGGUGUGAGGUCUGUGGAGAUACUACUGGUGUCUGUUCGGCCGAUGCGAUUUCCUCUUCCAAUCAAGGCUCCCAUUCCUCCUCCUCCUCCUCCUCCUCCUCCUCCUCCUCCUCCUCCUCCUCCUCCCCAUCUUCGUCAUCUUCUGGCGGAAUGUCUCUUGCUGUUGCCAGAGUCAUCAGAGCAAUGCUGACACUGGGAGUUGUUCUAGGCCUCCAAUCAGUGAUCAUGUUGGUGUUUGGCAUCAUACCGACAAGAAAAGCCCAUUCCACUCCUACCGAUCAAGCAAACAUUCAGGAGGUCAAGGGCCUCUCGAGUCAGGUCGCAAGGUCAGAUGCUGUCUGA